GUUUUUUUUCCUUUCUUGAAGAUGGAAACCACAUCAACCCUUUUCCAAUCCUCAGAAAGCCAGCUCUUACCUUGGAAUAAUUUCACAAAUGAAUGUAAUAUUCCUGGAAACUUCAUGUGCAGUAAUGGACGCUGUAUCCCAGGAGCCUGGCAGUGUGAUGGGCUGCCGGACUGCUUUGAUGAAAGUGAUGAAAAGGAAUGCCCAAAAGCAAAAUCUAAAUGUGGUUCCACUUUCUUCCCAUGUUCCAGUGGAAUUCAUUGUAUCAUUGGCCGUUUCCGGUGCAAUGGUUUUGAGGAUUGUCCUGAUGGCAGUGAUGAAGAAAAUUGUACAGCAAAUCCUUUGCUGUGUUCUACUGACCGGUUUCACUGUAGGAAUGGCCUGUGCAUUGAUAAAAGCUUUAUGUGUGACAAUCAAAAUAACUGCCAGGACAACAGUGACGAAGAAAGCUGUGGAAACUCUCAUGAAGCUGACAGCAAUCAGAAUUACGUGACAACAGAGCCUCAGUUGAUCUUCUAUCCCAGCGUUACCUAUGCAGUCAUUGGCAGCUCUGCUAUUUUUGUGUUGGUAGUGGCCCUCCUUGCCCUAAUUUUGCACCAUCAACGAAAACGCAACAACCUCAUGACACUUCCCGUUCAUCGACUGCAGCAUCCUGUCCUCCUGUCUCGUCUCGUCGUCCUUGAUCAUCCUCAUCAGUGCAAUGUCACCUAUAAUGUUAACAAUGGAGUCCAGUAUAUGACCACCCAGGGCUAUCAUAGACCACCAGAUUUGGAUUCACCACCAUCUUAUUCAGAAGCUGUGUUAGAUCAGAGCAGACCCCCAUGGUUUGAUCUUCCUCCACCUCCAUAUUCCUCAGAAACAGGAUCCCGUAAUCACUUAGAUCUUCCUCCAUAUCGUUCUCGAACUGGAAGUGUGGUAAGCACAGAUGCUUCAGAGGCAAGAGGUCCAGAGACUUUGGACAGCAGUCCAUCAAGAAACCUUUUUACUACUAUGGAGUAUCACAGUACGCUGUGUGAAAUUACAGCUGAGCAAAGUGACUCUCUGAGCAACUCAAUUUCUGUCUGAACACUGUAAACAAUUAUUUAUGAACAUUUUUAUGGAUGUCUGCUUGAACUUCUACUGAAAUUAAGAAGUCCCAAAUCGUUUGGCCUUUUUCGACUUGAUGAUCGCAAGUGUUUUUGUGAAAGGAACAAGAGCUAUGUGGAUUGCCAUUAAACAACUUCCCUCAAUCAUUUCAAGGGAGAAUGAGCAGGAAGAGAUGCCAGUGGCCUCAGUUGUGCUAGAUUUAACUACUGAAUUAUGAAGGUUGAAGCAAUUGAGAACAACAGUUCAUUUUCACUUCUUCUCUCUCAUAACAUGCUGUUAAAGCCGAUCAGGUAUUUACUGCAAUUCAUGUACUGAAAUCAAACCUAUAUACAUACACAUGUGCCUCAAGACAUGCCUGUGUUUCAAAUGAUCUUUAUUGCUUUAAAAAAAAUCUUAUUUAUGAUUGUAAGAAUGUAUAUAAAAAUAAUAGUAAAUGAGUCUUGCAUUAUGCAAGUAUUGAACUAUAUUGCUGAUGGCAUCUGGAAGUCCACUUCUCUCAGUAGAAAAAUAAAAUCCUGAAGAGUCAUGGGAAAUAUCAUCUGUACAGUUUAACCUAUAUUGUGUUUAAAUCACAAGCUCUGCUAUGGAGUAAACUAUUAUUACUUCAGUAAGAAAAAUUAAUAUUUUUUGAUGGAUAGGGUAAAAAGGAUUUUAAGCCAUCUAAACAUUAAUGGAAUUUGACUAGGAGCUAGCUACUGAUUAGGAGACAUAUCUUAGAGUCAUGUUGAGUGGUUCAAUGAAGAUGCCAACUCAGUAUGCAGCUGCUGUUACAAAAGAAAAUUAAAUGAAAAGGAAUUCUGUUUUGGGAAUUUUUAGAAAGGGAAUUGAAAUAGAAUUGCUGAUAUUCUAAUGUCCUUAUAUACUGUAUAUCCAUGCGGUGAUUGCACUUGGACAAUUGAAAUGAUUUGGGGGGUGGAAUUGCUUUCCAGCAAGAAGAAACUAUAGCUUGAAAUGAAGGAGGGUAAAGGAAACAGCUAGAAGUCUACAAAAUCAUUCACAAUAUAGGUAAAUGAUCGGAGAGAAGUUUUAUCCGUUUCUCCAUGUUAGAGCUGGAGAUCAUUCAUUGCACAAAAUGUAGGGCAUUUAGGGUCCUCAGAAUGAAUUACUCUCUUAUACAGCAUGUAGCUGAUCUAUGGAAUUUGCUGCCAACAGUAACAGCAGCAAUUUGGAUGGCUUUAAAAGGGACUGGACAGAUUCAUGCAGGAUCAGGCCACCAAGGUCUACCCUUAUUUGUGGCCAUUUGCUUUCUCCCUGAGUCAUCAACAAUGUGCCUUAUGUACUGGAGGCCAUCUCCUUGCAGUCCAGGUUUUGAGAUUCUGUGGUUUAGAAUAUGAGACUACAUAGCCUACAGCCUGAUUGAAGAAGGCUCUCAUAUUCAUCUGGCUAUCACAGUGCGCCUGAUUUCAGCUUUCUUUCUCAUAAUGAAGAAUUUAAAAAGUCUACCUUGUAUUCUUUUAUAAUUAGUAUGUGUAACUUGGUGUUGUGUGAACCAGAGUUUAGCAUUCUAUCUUGCAUAAGUGUAAUAUAACAAUUUGGUGGCUUAUUUGGUUACUUAUUUUGACAGAUGUACCCCCCCCCCUCUGUUUGUGUGUGUGUGUGUGUGUGUGUGUGUGAGAGAGAGAGAGAGAGAGAGAGAGAGAGAGAGAGAGAGAUAUGAAGGAGCAUUAGGCUGUUUAUGUGUCAAAAUGCAGUUUUCUGGUUGUCUGGAAAAUAAAUAUAUUUCGUCUGGGCAUGCUUUGAAUUUGUCAUUGUGAAAGAGAAGAUUACAAAUGUUCCAUUUCCUCUCUCUGCAUGUAUAUACCUUUGAGAGAGAUUCUGAGUGCCUUGGAGUUCAUAUAUCAGUUUGCAGAGCUUAUUAGACUUGUUGCGGAAUAUCUUUCAUACGAUGAAACUGAAACUUCUUAUAAAAAAUAGUGCCAGUUCAUGAUAGCAUUUCCUUGUUGAGGAAUCAUAGGACUGAUUCAUUCCUUACAUAGCAUGCUUAUUUGCUACUUAUACUUCAUUAUUUAAAUUGUUAAGUAUGAGGUGGAGGUAGAUACUAGCACUUCUUCCAAUAUAUUUACAAACAUGUACCUCUUUUACAUACCAUAUCCUUUAUCUUUAAUGUUGGUGCAUUUUGGAAUGGUGUGAAUCAGCUUUUAAAAUUAUUAGCAUUAUUCAUAUAACUCUAAAAUAGUGAAAUAAGAAUCAGAUAGUUUUAAAAGCAUGACAACAAGAUUGGGAUUUUUGUUUGUUUGUUUAUUUUUACCCAAACAUAAGUGUUGGAAUCGUAGUUCUUAUUGGGAAGAUUGAAUGGGCAUUUUAACCCUUUGCCCACUUUUGUGUCCAAUCCAGCUCAAGAGCCUAAGCCCUAACAUUGUAGUUGUCAAAUUUGUGUGAUUUAUUAAUUCAUCAAUGCAAAUUUCAGGCUCAGGCCAUCUGAUCUGAACUGGCAUUGAAUUAGCAAUAAACAUUACAGAUAUUCUUUCUUUUUUGAGAGAGAGUUUUAUUGGACUGAGGUGCAUAAUGUUUUUUGAGUAAAGACAUAUCAGUUACUUAUAUAUGUAAAGUAAUGUUUUGUGUGACCCUAAGGUACUAUUUUAUUACAUUACAUACAUUACAUUUUGUGCACAUUCAAUCAUUGCCCUUUCUACAAUACAGUACAAUGCCUGUAAGCUGUAUAUAUGUAUAUUUAUAUUGAAAUACUUCAGUUUGGACUCUGAAAAUAAAUCCCUUUUUCUAAGUGUA